AUGGCGACUCAACUGGCGCCCGGCCUGGCGCGCAAGGUCAAGAAGGUCCUCGAGACCCGGGCGGAUACGCCGGAGACGAUCGCUUGUCUAAAGGGUCUGUCGGAGUUUUACGGCGAGAACACCCCGGCGGCGAGGAGAGGACUGCGCAGUAGCAUCGAACGACGUGGCCUCGACAUCAACCGCGAGUUCCUGGAAGCCUCGGGUCAGGCGCAGGAGGCUCUCGCGGUGGUGGAUGCCCAGCUCGAGGGCCUGCUGAGCGGAUGCCGACGCAUCGCCAACGUGCUCGAUAAGAGCCGCGAGCGCACGGGGAACCUGCUGGACGAGACGGCGAGGUUCAACAAUAACCUGGCCAAGAUUGAGGAGCGCAAAAAGAUGCUCGAGACCUUCCUGGUGGACUAUCAGCUGACGGACGAGGAGAUCUCGGCGCUCAGGACCGACGACCAAAUCACCGAGAAAUUUUUCAGCGCGCUCGCUAGGGUGCAGGAGAUCCACGGUAACUGCCGCCAGCUCCUAAGGACGCACCACCAGCGCGCAGGGCUGGAGCUGAUGGAUGUGAUGGCGUCCUACCAGGAGAACGCGCACGAGAGGCUGGCGCGAUGGGUCCAGGGCGAGUGUAAGACGCUCGCGGAGGAGGACGGUCCCGACGUCCCCGACCUGCUCACCCGCGCCAUGACCGCGCUCAAGUCGAGGCCCGUGCUGCACAGGUACUGCAUCGAGGAGGUGAGCAGGACGAGACACAACGCGUUGUUUCGCAGGUUCAUCUCCGCGCUCACCAAGGGGGGGCCGGGCGGGGUGCCCAGGCCCAUCGAGGUGCACGCGACGGAUCCGAGGAGGUACGCGGGGGACAUGCUCGGGUGGCUGCACCAGGCUGCGGCUGGCGAGAAGGAGCUCGUGGCCGCGCUGCUGGCGACCGAAGGGGACGACGGCGACGAGGAGAAGAAUGGCGAUGAGGAGAAGGACGGCGACAAAGAGAAGAACGGCGGGGAGGAGCACAAGGAGGGCGCGGGCGUCGACGAGGAGGAGGAGGCUGCGGAUCCCGAGGCUGUGCUGGACAGGAUCCUCGAAGGCGUGUGCAGGCCGUUCAAGGUGAGGCUGGAGCAGGCGCUCAACGCGUCUCCCACAGCCUUGGUGGCGUACCAGCUGGCCAACCUGUUGGACUUUUACAGGGAGACGCUGGGUGCGAUCGUGGGCAAGGAUGCGUCGCUCGUGGCCACCGUGGAGGAGUGCAGGGCGUCGGCGGCGCGAACCUUCGAGGAUCAGAUCUCGAGGCGCGCCGCCAAGCUCAGGGAGAAACCCACGCGCCCGCCCGACACCCUCGCGCCCCCGCCGUUCGUCGCCGAGACCGUCUCUCUCGUCCGGGAGCUCCUCCAGGCGCGGUCCGACGCCGUCUCCGGCGGCGACCUCGAUGAGACGUACGACGCCGUCGGCGCGGUGCUCGAUCCCGCCGUGGAGGCGUGCGAGCGGGGCGCGGGCGCCAUCGCCGAGGCGCUCCGUCCGGAGGAAUCGGGCGGCGCGGGUCCGACCCCGGCGACGACGAACGCGGCCGGGACGGUCCCGCCCGCGUACACGGCGAGGUGGGCGAAGGAGGCGUACCUGCUCAACUGUCUCAACGCGAUGGCCGCGGCGCUUGGAGAUUUUCCGGGCGCAUCCGCCGCUCGGGACUCUCUCAACUCGCGCGUCGCGUCCCUCGCGGAUACGAUCGCCGACGACGAGGCCGGUCGGAUCCUGAGGUCCAGUGGCGUGGCGGAGGUCCGCGAGCUCAUCGCGCUGUACCAGGGGCAGCGGACGGAGCGCGGCGCGAUGUCGAGGGACCCGGCGCUGGAGCUCGGCGUCGUCGGCUCGGCGCUGGACAAGCUGGUGGACGAGGUGAGCGCGUCGCCCGAGCCCGUGCCCGCGUUCGACGAGGUGUUGAACCCGCGGACGAGGGUCGACCUGCGGGGCACGUACGUCGGUAAGAUCAUCGAGGCGUACACGCUGGUGUACAUGGCGGUGCUGGAUCCCAACAACGGGUACAGAGACGCAAAGUCGGCCAUCCGACACGGACCCGACGCGCUGGGAGUACUACUCAACUGA